GGGGGCGCUGCGCAGGCGCGGCAACGGCCUCGGGGCGCGGGCAGCAUGGCUGCGGAGGAGCUGGAGGCGCUGCUCGGCGGGCAGGGCUGGCCGGUGUCCUCCGCGGGCAGCUGUGACCCGGGCGCCUCCGAGCCGGCGCGGCUGCGGGGCAACGUCUGCUACGUGGUGCUGGCGGUGCUGCUCAACGAGAAGGGCCAGGUGCUGGUGGUGCAGGAGGCCAAGGCGGAGUGCUACGGGAGCUGGUACCUGCCGGCCGGCCGCAUGGAGCCCCGCGAGACGGCGCUGGAGGCGGUGCGGCGGGAGGUGCAGGAGGAGUCCGGGCUGCAGUGCCGUCCGCUGACGCUGCUGGCCGUGGAGGAGCGGGGACCCAGCUGGAUCCGCUUCGUCUUCCUGGCCAAGCCCACCGGCGGGGCCCUGAAGAGCCUGGAGCAGGCGGAUGAGGAGUCCCUGCAGGCGCUGUGGUGGGACCGGGAGACGCCCACCCUGCCGCUCCGCUCGCGGGACAUCCUGCCCCUCAUGGACCUGGCACUGCAGUACCGCACGAGCCCCCGCCACCCUCCCGUUCUGCCUGUGGAGCUGCCCUGCGCCUCAAUCUGCCAGCGGUUCCUGCUGACCUUUGUGAAUGCCAACAACUCCCUCUGGGUGCUCCUGGACACCACAGGGGUCCCCCACCUCCCCCUGGCAGUAAGCUGCCCCUCCGCCUCCAAGCCAGGCAAGAGGCUGGUGGCCGUCCUUCAGCAGCUGCUCCAGAGGUGCCUGGCCCCACCUGGGAUGGCCGUCCACCUCCAGGGCCUGCUCAGCCUGCAGCACCUCGGCAAGGAUCCCGGGCAAAGCGAUGGCAUCUGCUUCAACGUGGUGGCCACAGUCGGUAGCAGCGAAAGCUCCCAGCAGCAGGACCUGGCACCGCCCACAUUGCAGGAACCGGCUUUAAACUGGUGGGCAGUGGAGGACUCGGCUCUGAAGGGCGAGGUACUCCGAAGGCUCCACUCCGCUUCCUUCCUCCCCAUUUACAGUUAGGGUCUCUCAGUGCCAGAAAUCAGAGCUACUCCAAGUUCCAGCUGGGAUAGAAAUGCCCUGACUGGUCACCAGCCAUGGCUGGGGGAUGCCUCAUUUCCUAACCAUGAUGCCACUCUACAACCCCUCCCCUCUCCCUGCUGAAAGUAAGGCAGUCCCGGCAGCCUUUGGACCCUCGAGAGCCACAGAUGGGCAGUUAAUAAACGCAUCUAUUUCCUGGUG